AUGUUGAUCGUGAAGCCGAAAGAGAAGCCGGAAACAACGAAAAGCUCCAGCGACGAAGACUCGUCAGGUGUAAGAAGCACGCCCGCCCCGGCCACAAGAACCGAGGAUUAUGUUUUGUCCGAAAACAAUGACGUUACAUCUGACAGUGAAUUUAUAAGUGGUGGAGUUUACGGAGAUCCCCAUUUUCUGGUCAGUAUCCAAGGAUUAUCUGUUCCGGUAUGUUUUCAUAUUUUAGGCAAGAAAGGUGACAUUCUUAACCUCCUCCAAUUCCUCCAUUUUCCCUCUAUCUCUUUCUGUCUGUCUGUCUGUCUCUUUCAAUCUAUCUAUCUAUCUAUCUAUCUAUCUAUCUAUCUAUCUAUCUAUCUAUCUAUCUAUCUAUCUAUCUCGGCGCUGUUUGUAGUUGAAGAUAAAUCAGACAAUUUUAUUACUCGAAACAAUAAAGGUCAACAGUUUCACAUUAAGCGGUCAAUGGCCGGGAAAAAUGACAAGAGGGUCAAAUAUCUUGACCUUUAUCUCAUUGACGGGACGGGCCUGUCCAACGAUACGGCAGGCAUUUUAGGUCAGCUGAUCCAUGUCAAAGGUCAACUGAAGAAUUGCGGAAAGAAUCGAAAAGGUCAAACAGUGGCUAUUUUCUUUGAGUCCUGA